AUGGCGGCGGCGAGGAAGAACGCCGAGGUGCUCGCGCUCUUCGACGUCGACGACACCAUCACCGCGCCCCGCAAAGAGGUGUCGCCGGAGAUGCGCGAGUUCAUGAAGCGGCUGCGCGAGGUGAGGCCCGAGGCCCUCCCGCUCUCGUUCCAUGCUGUAUGCCUGGUUGUGGCACUCUGGUUUUCUUCCCGGGAGCAGAUUGUGAGCGUGGGCCUGGUGGGGGGAUCCGAUCUGGUCAAGAUCUCCGAGCAGCUCGGCAAAUCAGUCAUCACCGAUUACGACUACGUCUUCUCCGAGAACGGUCUGGUUGCGUACAGAAAUGGCGAGCUUAUCGGGACGCAAAGCCUGAAAACGUAUCUUGGAGAUGACCAGAUUAAGGAAUUCAUUAACUUCACUCUUCAUUACAUCGCGGACUUGGAUAUCCCGAUUAAAAGGGGUACAUUCAUAGAGUUCAGGAAUGGAAUGAUCAAUGUGUCGCCUAUAGGGAGGAACUGUAGUCAAGAGGAGCGUGAUGAUUUUGAGAAGUAUGAUAAGGUACAUAACGUUCGGCCUCAAAUGGUCUCAGUACUUCGUGACAAGUUUAGCCACUUGAACCUCACAUUUUCCAUUGGAGGGCAGAUUAGUUUUGAUGUAUUCCCAAAAGGCUGGGACAAAACCUACUGCUUGAGAUAUCUCGAAGAAUUCAAAGAAAUUCAUUUUUUUGGGGACAAAACUUACAAGGGUGGCAAUGAUCAUGAGAUAUUUGAAUCUGACAGAACAGUUGGUCAUACAGGUAUGCUGGUUGUAUGUUAA